AUGGCGUCUAGACUGGCGAGGAGUGCGGCCGGAGCCACAAGACUCCGACCCUCACUCUCGAUCCGCUCUCUCCCUGCACUCACCACACCCUUGACAUCUCAACGCUACGCAUCGAACGUCCCUGUCGAAGACCCCAAGAAGAAGGCCCAAUCCAUCGUCGAUGCCCUGCCAGGCAAUUCCCUCGCGAGUAAGACCGCAAUCCUCUCUGCUGGAGCUGGCGCCUCCAUCUACGCUAUCAGCAACGAGCUCUACGUUCUCAACGAAGAAUCCGUCGUUGCCUUCUGCUUGUUGAGCGUCUUUUACGGAAUCUUCAAGUAUGGCGGCCCCAUGUACAAGGAGUGGGCCGACAGCACCAUCGGCAAGUAUAAGGAGAUUUUGAACUCGGCCCGAGAAGGUCACGUCGAGGCCGUCAAGACGAGAAUCGAAGAUGUCAAGCCUCUCAGCAACGUUGUCCAGAUCACCCAGCAGUUGUUUGAGGUCUCAAAAGAAACCGCGCACCUCGAAGCCCAGGCCUUUGAACUAGAGCAAAAGACGCUCCUAGCCGCUGAGGCGAAGACUGUACUUGACUCGUGGGUCCGCUACGAAGGCCAAGUCAAGCAGCGCCAGCAGAAAGAACUCGCCGACAGCAUCAUCGCCAAGGUCACCAAAGAGCUCGAGAACCCCAAGGUCUUGCAACAAAUCCUGACUCAGAGCGUUGCCGACGUCGAGAAGUUGGUCGCGAGCAAGGCCCAGUAG